GGUUGCUUGGAACCGACAGAUCGACUACGGGCCUCUCGAGGAGCCUGCUGUCUUCACCAUGCCUCAGGAUGCCAACCGAGGGUGGAAAGCAGCAGGCAACUGCGGCUCGCUCGAUCCCUCCCAGACCUACCUCAUCACAAGGGGGGACGAGACGGUCGGCUACAUGGCAGACGCCGGCAUCGUUCCCAGCUGGCAUGGGGCGAACGAGUUCGAGCGAGCCAACGACUUCGGCUUCCCCUACACGCUGGGGACCCUACCCAUCGUGCCAGUGGCACCGCCACUUGACUGGAGGCCAUGGGUGCGGCUUGGCACAAGCACACCGGCGGUUCCGAUCUACCUCACCACAUCCAUCGGCUACAC